AUGGAGUUGGAUGGAGAUGAGGAAGAAGUUGAUGGAGAUGAGGAGAUGGCGGGCAUGAACGGCGUUUCCAAAGACGUCGAGGAUGAACAGGAGACAAAAGCUAAGAUUGAGAAGAUGCAACUGGGAGGCGUGGAUGACGUGAGGAGUGUCGCCGGUCUGAUGAAGACAUUGGAACCUGUCCUUGAGAAAAUCGCAUAUUAUCAAUCAUUACCACCGGAGAAGCAGACAACAUUUGUUGGCUCAAUCGAAGAUAACCCCGAAUACCACCUGCUGACCCAGUCGAAUACCCUUUCAACUUCUAUCGACUCGGAAAUUAUGCUUGUCCACAAAUUCAUACGAGAUCACUACUCUGUACGAUUUCCCGAACUGGAGACUCUAGUAGGAAACCCUUUGGAUUACGCCAAAGUGGUAACUAUCAUUGGGAAUGGGCCUAUGGAUGCGGACAGUAUAAAGAAACUUGAGAAUUCGAAAGACAAUCGAUUGGGGGCUACCUUACGGUCGGUACUGGAUGGUCCAACCGUGAUGAUAGUCACAGUUGAAGCAACUACAACGAAAGGCCGCGAGAUGACGCCUACAGAACUGGAAAGAGUCAUGCGCGCCUGCGAGAUGACUCUGGCGUUGGACCGAGCAAAGAAGACAUUAACGAACUAUGUUCAGUCGCGAAUGAACCUAUUUGCGCCUAACUUAACAGCCUUGAUCGGUUCCCUCACAGCGGCGCAACUACUUAAUUACGCAGGAGGUUUGACCGGUCUCGCCAAGACUCCAGCUUGCAACCUACCGCCUCUAGGAUCGAAGAAGCAAUCAGGUACGGGCUUCGCAACCAACGUUGGGGUUAGACAGCAAGGUUUCCUGUACCACUCUCCUAUCAUCAAGGGUAUUCCCAAUGAUCUCAAACGGCAGGCCAUGCGAAUUGUCUCAGCAAAAGUCGUCCUAGCAGCUCGGGUCGACCGCGUCCACAACAGCCCCGAUGGAUCAACAGGAGAAGAGCUCAAAGCAUCGUGUCUAGAACGACUCGAGAAGCUAACCGAGCCUCCCCCCAACAAAGGACCCCGCGCCCUACCAGUUCCAGAUGACAAGCCAGCCCGAAAGCGCGGUGGACGGCGCGCAAGAAAGGCGAAGGAAGCCACGGCCAUGACAGAACUCCGAAAGGCGCAGAACCGAAUGGCAUUCGGCAAGGAGGAGAAGGAAGUCGGGUACGGCACAGGCGACGGCACCAAGGGGAUGGGCAUGAUCGGGCAAGCCAACGAGGGCCGCAUCCGCAACCUCCAGAUCGACCAACGCACCAAGGCGCGGCUCAGCGCAAAGAACAAAGGCUGGGGCGGCGCAACGCCCAUCAGCGGCUCCUCGUCCUCCCUCCGCGGCUUCGGCCAAGGCGCGGGCGCCGGCAUCGACCUGCGCGGCAAGGGCCUGCGCGCCACGGGGGUCAACUCGACGCUGGGCGCGGGCGCCGGCACCGCGUCCUCGCUGGCAUUCACGCCCGUCCAAGGCCUCGAGCUCGUGGAUCCCAAGAUGCAGGCGGAGCUGAGCCGCAAGCGCAAAGCGGAAGAAGACCGCUGGUUCAAAGGCGGCACCUUCACGCAGGUCGGCAACUCAUCGAGUGCGAACGCUGGUUCGAUGGCGCCGCCGCCGCUGAAGAAACCUGAUACCGGGGCGGGCAAGAUGGGACCCCCGCCUUUGCCGAUGGGGAAGAAGUGA